CCGAAAUGGAGAAAUUCACGGCCGUAAAACUUAAAAAAAAAGUAGUUAAAGUAAACAAAGACCAUGUUUUUGUUAAAAUCCAUCUCAAAUUUAUAACUAGUAAUUGUUAUCUAAGUCCAAUACAAUACAACCAAAAUGUCCAAGCCAGAAUUGAUAGAGGAUUUCUUCGGAGUGUACUUACUUUACAACAUAAACCCAAAGUUCAAAGGCCGGACUUACGUUGGUUACACUCGGGACCCGAACAGGCGUAUAAUGCAGCACAACCGAGGAACCUGGGCUGGUGGUGCUAACAGGACUAGUAAUAGAGGACCUUGGAAAAUGGUCCUCAUAGUUCAUGGUUUCCCUAAUAAUAUUUCAGCACUUAGGUUCGAGUGGGCUUGGCAAAAUCCUACAAAGACUAUCAGAUUACAACACUUGUCUUUAAAGAAAAUACCCAGGAAAGAGUCGGAGUAUCAAUUUAAGCUACGAGUCAUGAGUGAAAUGUUACGUGUUGGACCAUGGUCUCGACUGCCGUUGAUUGUAAGAUGGCUGGAGCAAGAUUAUAUUGAAGAUAUCCCUGUUGCAAGAAAACCACCAAAUCAUAUGUUAAUAUGUAAAGGACCAAUUAAAACCUGCAACUUAAAGAAAACAAUUAACAUUCAAGAGGAAAUGGAAGUUGAAUGCUUGUUGUGUUCAAAUAUGAUAACUGACUCACAAAGCAAAUUGACAUGUUUGAAUUCAAGCUGCGAACUGACAGCACAUAUAACAUGUUUAGCUGACUUGUUUUUGAAUCCUGGUGAAUUCGUGCCUAUUGAAGGUAACUGUCCAUUUUGUAGUAAAAAUUUGAAAUGGGGUGAUUUGAUUAGAAAAAUGAGGGGUUGCAAAAUGGAUGGUGGUGAUGUGGUAAGUGAUGACUACGGUAGUGACAAAGUAUGUGAUGACAGUGAUGAUGAUGAUGUUGUGAUCUGCUCACAAGAAAAAGGUUUUGUUGACAAUAAUUCUCAUUGGUUUGAAUCAGUGGAAUGUGAUAAUGGAUUGUAAUGACGAAUAAAUAUGAUUUCAGUAAAACAAUAUUUUAUUUAAUAUUUUUAUUGUUAAAUAAACCAACUACAACUAUUGAAGUAAAGGGUUUUUAUGUAAAAAGGGUGUCAUACAAGAUUAUAGUUUGACUGAAAGUAAGCAACCGUCAUAGGCUUUAUGGAGCUUACGAAGAAUUUAGCAUAAUGACGGUCGCAUCACAAUACAUAUACGAAAAUUUAUUUCUUGUAAGAAAGAGUAGUCGUUAGCACCCGCCAAUCCGCACUGGGCCCGCGUGGUGGGUCAUGGCCCAAUCUCCCUAUUUCGUAGGGAAGGCCUCUGCCCCAGCAGUGGGGACAUUAAUAGGCUAAUAUUGAUAAAGAAAAAAAUAUUAAUUUGUUUCUUAAAAACAGUGAUGUUCACACACUCAAUAUAAGAAACAAGUAACUUUACCUGCGACUAGCCAAGCAAUUUCUUAACCAUAAUUAAAUUCAAAAUGCUAUAAAAAGCAAUUGUUAAGAAAGCUUAUUACAAAGUGUCUCAUUAUAUUACAGACAAAAAUGCUUGGGGUUGACCUGUUUGUUGGUCAUUCAUGACCCAAUCAUUUCAAGAGGUUUUAAGCUAUUGCAUAGAUUUUAUCGCGAGCUUUGGGCGCGGCGACCGAAUCAAGAAAUUUCGUAACGGAAAUAACAGUACAGAUGAACACAAUUUUCGCCUUUCCAGUAUCAGUCGAAACGGCGCAAUGUGUUAAAUUUUUGCCAAGGGACCAACGUUCGAUGCAUCACCGCGGUCGUCGAUUCAAAUCCCGCACUCGUAUUUUUUAUUAUAAUUUUUCCUUUUUUUAUAUAUUUGAUUUAGAUCCCAGCACCUGUUCUUAUUUUUAUUUGUCUCUCUUCUAUUGAGACUUCAUAAUUUAAAUUUUGGACUAAAGAUGGUAAACUGUGGACUUUGUGGAAGUUUUUUGGCGCCGGCCAAUGCUGUUGUUUGCUGUGCUUGCCCAAUAUAAUAUCAUAAGGCCUGCCUCGCAAUCUAUUAAUAUCAAAGAAAAAACUUGAACUAAUAUCAAAGAAAAAAAAUGCGUAAGUUGAUAAAUAAUAUUAUGAAAUAGCUUUACCGUGGCAGUCCCCGCGUGCCACACGUAUUUUUUUUUCUAUAUGAAAUAAAUCAUGAUUGUAUUGACGUUGUAACAACAUAAUGAUUUGUAAAUGUUGUUACAUUAUACUUUUAAUGUUGUGGAAUAUUUUUCGUUCGUUUUUUUUCUGCAUUUAAAAAUAUGACCUUUUACGCGUGGUAGAGAAAAAUAAUUUUUGACCCAGGUUAUUCAGUUUAUCAACGCAGUCUUUCACCAAUUUCGAGCAUAUCGUGUUCGAAAUAAUGGCAUUCUGAAAAUAUAUUCUUAAAUGGCCUGCUUUAGUUCGUUGACGAUUGGUUUCUGCACAUUCUAUGAUGGCAUAUACCUCUACCUGGAAUAUAGGAGCGUGUUUUCCGAGAUUCACGCUUUUGUGAAUUUUGAAGCCAUCUGUAAACCAGAUUUGACCACGUUUCUCUGAUUGGCAGUUCCAUCUUGAAAUUUCUGGCAAAAUUUAAUGACAUCUGUAGUCAUUGCUAAGUGGUAUUAGCUCAAGCGUUGUUUGGUGGAGAGACCUCAGUGCUUGAGAGUGCAAGUUCGUCCUGCCAGUAGUGCUUACUCUGUAUAUACUUGCUUUCGCCUCCUUUAUUAGUUUGCCCUACCCUGGAAGCUCCUGGUGACGGGAAAAGUACAGGGAAGGAGACCGAGAGGAAGAAGCCCCAUGCGCUGGACAGACCUGAUCCGCGACAAUACCAAAACUGGAGUCCGCAAUGCACUCCACACUACCGAAGACUGCAACAAGUGAAAAGUGAUCGUCCACAAAAUAAUUCGUGGAGGUCACGACCCUCAGCAAUGAGGAGCACGACAUAAGAGGGAUUAGUUUGCCACCCCUUCUCGGGGAUGAAUAAAAAUAAGAAUGGGAAUGGAUAGACUAAUUCACAGCAACUUUUGCUUUAUAAAGUUUAUACAAAUAGGCAAUAGGUACUUUAAAACUUCGAGUUGAAACGUCAAUUUUUUAACAAGAAAUAUCACGUUUUCAGGCGGUUUUCAUAAAUAACUCUCUAAAUAUGCAUUUUAUGAAAUAUCACUAGCAACAGCUUGUUGAAGGUUGGUUCUUCUUUGUCAAACGCCAAAAUCUAAAGUUUCAACGUGAAAUAUCCAAAAACACUGCAUUUUUAUUAUUCGCGAGAGUAGCGUCCACUGCCAGGAAAAUGGCAACCCUCGGCAGAUUACCAACAUCGAAGUAGAGGGUAUGUAAAGCCCAAAUCCAAAUUUUGGUGUAAAUUGGUGCUGUUUGCCAGGUUUUCCCGUUUUUUCCGUGCAUCAACUGAGCUAUAGGUUUUUCGCGAAUAUUUGAUUUAUCAAAUCAUCGUACGACAUAUUAUUUAUAAGAUAUAUAUAAUAUAUAACCAAUAUAAGAAAAUAAAGUGGCGGUACGAAGUUCGCCGGAUCAGCAAGUUCGUGGGUUUUAGAAAGAUUUUUACAAAAAGUUAACAAAACUAUUACAUUUAUCGAAUUAAUUAAUGCCAACAUUAAUUUAUAGUGUAGGUACCUAUAUUAAGUGACUGGACAAUAAAAAUGGUAGAAUAAGAAUAAAAAAAUAAUUUAUUCACUUACACAUCAAUAUUAUGUGAUAAGUAGUUAUUAUGACUACCAGGUACAUUCUC